AUGAUCCAGGAGUGUGGACAGGAUGUGAUGAGAACAUUUGUUGAGAAAGGGGAAGAACACAGAAGAUUCAGUGGCAGAACCAGUGCUAAUGGAGUUUGGGGGAACAAGGUCAUGCAGGACAACUUCCUGGCAGCACAGUAUGCUCCUUUAGAUGGGAAGGGAGACUCAGGGGAAUCUUUAACAGAAAAUGGAAGAGGUGAGAAACCACAGAUGCUGGCUCCACACAGCAAAGGAUUCAUAUGUACCUUCCUUGGCCCCAUCUGCGCCAUCUUCUCUAUUAAUUUGGUUUUCUUUCUGAUGAACUUCUGUAUUGUGAAAAACAAGCUCUCCUCACUCAACAGCGACGUGUUCACCCUCCAGAACACAAGGAUGCUGACAUUUAAAGCCACAGCUCAGCUGCUCAUCUUGGGCUGCACGUGGUGUCUGAGCAUCCUGCAGGUGGGUCCAGCUGCCCAUGCCAUGGCUUAUCUCUUCACUAUCAUCAACAGCCUGCAGGGCAUCUACAUCUUCCUGGUGUACUGCAUUCUCAGUCAGCAGGUCCAGGAGCAAUACAAGAAAUGCUUCAAAGGGAUCAGGAAAAUGAAAGCUGAGUCUAAGAAGUACAUGCUCUCAAGCGGGACCGUAUCUGAUGCCUCCAAACACAAUGUGAACAUCCACUUUGUGUGA